AUGCAAAAGGACCAGAGAGAUUUCUAUAAAUUUUCAAAGGAACAUUUUGAAUGGGAAAAGAAACUGAACGAGUGGAACUACAACAAUGAAGCUAUGCCAGUUUUUCCAGAUCAUAUCAUAGGAGAACUUGAAGAGAAAAAUGAUCAACCCCUGAAAGAGGAGGAAGUGAAGGAAAAGAAGAAGCAGAAAAAGGCAAUGUUCUCGGGUGCGCAUGGAUCGUCUAGCUCUGGCCUACCCAAGGAGGACACCAUUGAGAGGCCUAGGAAAAAGGCCAUAAAUAAUAUGAACCUUAAACAAGUGAAGACCAUAGGCGUGUUUGAAGAGGACACUGAAAGAAAAAAAGAAAAUAAAUAUGAAAAUGUUGUUGAAGAGAGUUAUGAUGAGGAUGGAAGACCAUUAAAUGAGUUGUUAAUGCAAGUUGCUAAGGACAAGAAAGAGAUUAUGGCCGAUGCACCUGAAAGGGUGCAAGGUAAAAAGAUCUUUGAAAAAGAGAAGGUCAGUGAUGAUGAAGAGGGAGAUCAGAAUGACAAAGAACAAGAAGAAGAUAAGGAGAAGGAGAAGCUUGAUGGCAUGGCUGGUAGUGAGAAGGACGACAAGGAAGAGGCUGGAAAUGGCUUAAAUGGGCAGCAGGAGAAUGAAACAAUUUCUUAG